GCAAAAGAUGGUGCACAGUGCAAAGGAGAAACUCAAAAAGCUCCCAUAUAUUCAAGAAGACUUGGAACAAGGUUUUUUGGAGUCUUCUAUGUCUAGAAGAAGAUUUAGUCGACUGUCUUCUAAAACUCAACUCAACUUCCAAACCACUUUAACGGGAUCAUCCAACACAAGUAAUUGUAAGGGGGAAGCCAUGAAUAGUAAUAAUACUUUUUCAUACAGUACAAAUAUUUAUCAGUUGUUUUAUUCCUUCCUCAUUUUCUUGAAAACGUUACACCACAACUACUCUUUGACAAGCAACCAGAACCCUUUUUGCAAGGACAAUUACAGCAAACUAAAGUAUUUGGUUCUUUUCUUGAGUUUUGAAUUCAAUAUGACUGCCUCCUAUUGCGUUUCUUCUGUAGCUUCCAACUAUCGACGUACCAUGCUUUUAGAAUUGUCAACAUACCGGAUCGUUCAAGGAUUGAAUAUCUCGAGUUUCUUAGUAAGUUUUAUCGCCUCCAUUAUGUUGUUUACUGCUGUUAUUUCAAUGAUACGAGAAAAGCAACAGACCACUACACCACUGCUGCAACUGGAGAAAAUGAAGACCUCGACAUUUCUUAUUGGAGCGGAACAAAUGAGUCAUGUAUUGUUGUUUCUAUCCUGCUUUCAUUUUACAGUUGAAAUGAAUCAUAACAGAAUAGAAAGAAAUGAUCACUUUGGACUCAUUGCUUUCACAGGUGGUUUCGUUAUUGCCGCAUUAUUUGUGCACAAGACAAUAUCCUCUCUUUUAAGGCAUUCGUUUUGGCCUAUCAUGGAAUUUUCUCCUACUUGGCUUUCAUUUUUGGUUUCUGUAUUCAACAUCUUCAGUGACACCAAUAUUAUGUUUCACUCUAUUAUAGUCUGGGAAGGAAACUUGCAGGAAUCUUGGUUACUUCUACCUAUCUCCACCUGGUAUGAUACUCAUGAUCACUUCAAUUAUCACUCGAUGCUACAGCAGCUGGGCUCCUUGACCUUAUCCAUGUUAAUUGCUUUUCUUUUGGAAGUUAUGAAGAUUGGGCUACUUGUUCGUUGGCAAGUAUGCUUUGUAAUGACAUCCUACUUAUCUCGUUUUGGAGAUAAAACGACUUUACGCUCAGAGUGGAUUUCUCACCUGUUUUAUCGAUGUCUUAUUGUUGCCUCCUGGAUGGGUUGGAGUAUGAUUCUAUCAUUGACUUUGGGAACUGCUAGCUUUGUCAGCGUUAUAAGUGACUAUCCUUUUACAAUGUCGUGGUCUUCUUUUUUCUCAAUCUUUCUUUCCUAUUUAUCUCAUUGGAUUACCAUUCUCAUCUACGCUGUCAUGAUAUUUGCUCAUCAAAUCUCCCCAAGAAUGAGUUGCUCUAGUGGAGCCACUCAAUACAAAUGGAGCAAACUCAAAUGGCUAUUUGUAUCAUUUUGUAUCUUUCUAAGCAGUCAUCCCAUUACUCGUUAUUUUCUAAUGAGUUGGUUUCCUGCACUAUUUUCUACCUUCAAGGAACUGUUGUGGAUAACGACAAAAGUGAUUCCCUUUUGCUAUUUAUCAUUCAUUCUUUAUGAUGAAGCUAAGCCAUUUAUUUAUUUAUCUUUUACAAGUCGUCAACAUUCGUUGUUACUCUAAAUUGGCGCCACAAGACGGCAUUUUUCUCCUGGAAACCUUGUCUCAUUGGGAAGAUUUUUUGGGAGGCAGAGUAAGUAGGUGGAAGGAACAAUUAAGCUUGGAAAAGAAUGGUUUGUAUACUUUGCCCUCAUGUCACAGAAAUAAUAAACUACUGUUAUCCAGG